AAGCAGAAGACGAAGGAUGUGCAACCGGCGCAGUGGAUCGCUACGGUGUCGUCUGCGUUGGCAAACUAUAGUUGCCGCUGUGCACCCCUGAAACAUUCUGUUGAGUAAGCGUAACCGUAGUUAGAUUCACUGGCCCGACCGCACAGCAUCCACGGCGGUCGCAAGCGGCACCGUCGCAGUACUGCAAGCUUCGACCGUCGCUCUCUCCAAAACACCGCAAUGCCGUCGACCAAGAAAGUGGUGCUGCUGGCCUGCGGUUCCUUCAAUCCGGUUACCAACAUGCACCUCAGGAUGUUCGAGGUGGCCCGGGACCACCUCAUUAAUAACGAUUCCAUGGAAGUGGUGUGCGGCAUCGUGUCCCCAGUGUCUGAUGGUUACGGCAAGGCUGGCCUGACAGCCGCCAACCAUCGGUGUAGGAUGCUGUCCCUUGCCCUGGCCACCUCCUCGUGGAUCAGGCUAGACACUUGGGAGUGUGAGCAGGAGAGCUGGACGAAGACGCGGCGCGUGCUUGAUCACCACCGACAGAGGAUAGCGGUAGAAGGUCUGCCCACACAGUCGGGACCCAAGCGACGACGGAGGCGGCAGAGCAACGACAACCUGAUUGAGUCGGUGUCGAAUGUCCAGCUUAUGCUGCUGUGUGGAGCUGAUCUGUUGCAGUCGUUCCAAGUGCCUGGGCUUUGGGCUGACAAAGACAUAGAGCACAUCCUGACUCAGUACGGCCUGGUGGUGGUGACCCGUCACGGCUACGAUGUGCCUCGGAUCAUCUACGAGAAUGACAUCCUCUACCGGCACCGACACCACAUUCACGUGGUCACUGAGUGGAUCACCAACGAGAUCAGCUCCACAGCAGUCAGGCGUGCACUGAUGCGUGGUGAAAGCGUCAAGUACCUCAUUCAAGACUCUGUGAUAGACUACAUCCGACAGCACGGCCUGUACAUGGAUUCAAUAAUGGAUGACAUCAAUUCAAACCACACGGAGGCGGAGACGGCCAGGAGACAGCCGUGUGACACUUGCACUCGGCGUCCAUGCAACACCAGCAAUGGACGCCGAGUAGUCCCAUCACCAGCACCGAACAAGCGAGAGCCACGCAGGGUCCACAUCUCUUGCAGUCAAUGGUGACGACGACGUUGGAUAGUGAUUGGCCAGUCACCAUGCUCGACAAUGGCGAAUUGUUGCACGGCGGCAAGAGAGGAACCGGUGCUUGCGCCCCGUGCGUGGCGCUCACGGACUCCGCCUUGUCACAUUUAAUCUCCUGUUUAGUUCUCAAGGAUAAAGCUCGGUCGUGCCAGCGUGAUACGGGCGAGUGGCCCUAGAGCACGAUGACACUGUUCACAUAGCGAGUAUCAAAUGGUUGCACUUUUGCAAGCUUGAGUUUUUAGCCUGGAUGAAGCCUUGUUAAGUUGAAAAAAAAGUGUCCGACCGUUUAGCAUCGAUUCUCGUUUCUUUUUGCGUCAGACUAGUCCUCAUGAUAACUGUCGCCAGCAAGAGAAAAACUGCUCAUCAUCACUGCAGAAAUUCAGUCACAAUCUUAACAGUUUUAGCCUUGACGGAAGUUGAAUUAGCUUUCAAUGGGGACAGAUCGCCAAUUAGCAAUUAAUAGCAAUUUGAGCAAUAAGUGCCUGGUUUUCAUUGAAAGUUCUUGCCAGCAAGAGCAUUCAUUUUUGCUGCAAUCAAGCACAGGGGUGCAGCCCCAUAUGUUCUUAAACCAUGUGAGAGUGCUUUAAAAAGUUGAGAGAGAUGGUGUCAUCUGCUGGACUUGCUUCAGAUGUUUAGUAUUUAUAAUAAUGAACCAACUGCAACUGAGCUAAUGCAUUUUACUGCACAGUCUUGAAGAAACUGAAGCUGCAUUGUAAGCGUAUCCUGUUGUAGAGCAUUGCGCUGCAUUGACUGUGUGUUGGUGUGUAUCGGGUAUCUUUGUGAUAUGCCCUGCGAUAUUCUAACUCAUUACAGAGAAUUAUGCUUUCGUUACUUUGCAAGAUGUGUUUCAGAGUGCUUUGUGCACCUAGGGUGCAUUCUAUGCUUUUGUGGGAGAUGGCGCUGAGCAUCGUAGAAAAUGCACAAACUAGAAAGAGUCUCCUAUUCUUGAAAUUCCUCGACGGCAGUGCACGCCACCCUUUUCUCUUGGACGCACAUUGUAAGAAUUGUUUGCAGCUGUCAAUACAUAACCGAAAACCAAGCCAGCUUGGCAUUUACUGCUUAGAUGGAACAUGUCUAUGCCACGGGUUCACAGCCAGUGCUACGAUAUUUACUGCUGCUUUCUGUGAUGUCACUGUUUCUGAUGUGCCGGCAGGGCCACCUUUGCCCUGAUGCUGUGGCAUUUCGCUGCCUAAUUGCUUCAUAGUUGUGCGAACUUGGUAUACUGGUCCAAUUUUUGAAGUCGAGCGCCAGUAUAAAAGGCAGAUACAGCUUCAGGGAAAGGACCCUACUGCUUGAAACAGAAUAAACAUGUUACUCAGUUUUCAAUGAAACUUGUGCAGAAAUGAAAAAUUGAGGUGUGUAGUCGCUGCUCCAAUCAUGCCACAGUGGUUUGUGUGAGCUAGCUACCUUGAAAUGCCUAAAUGUUUCACCCUCCUGCUUGCGAAUUGUCAUUACAGUUAGCUGUGAAAGUUUUGUGCCUUUCAAGGCAUCAAUAGCCACUAGUCUGUAGUAUUCAUUCCUUGGCAUAGCACCUGUGAGCAUAAGAUUUUAUGCAGUAGGUCCUAGGGUUGAAAAAAAAAAAAAGCGCACUCGCUGAAAAACACCUGAGUAGUUCAUGCUGUACAGUAUAGCUGUCUUCCUUCCAUUGAAGGUGCAGAAAGGCCAACCAGUGGCAUUGGUAAAGUGUUGCGGUCCUGUUGAGGGAAUCCCCAGGGUAGAUUUUAAUUCUGUGUUCUAAUUGUCUGCUUGUUUUGCCAGUCUGCUGUUCGGAGAGCUUUAGUAUUCGAUCGACUGGCACAUCUACAAGUGCAGUCCAGCGUGUUGCUGCUGCGCCAUCACAGCCAAGUCCUGCUGUGUGGAUUUUUUUAUCUUUGACAUUUCUCUCUGUUUUGUUGUGUAUCUGUUCUGCUCUUUACAGAUGUAACUGGCAACGAGUGAACGUUGAGGGAAAAUGUAUUUUAAUUAUCGUUUUAGAAUUUUAUGCAAUGAAAUAUCUUUGUUCGGAUUAUGCCUCUACCUCCAAUGACACCAUUCGGCUGGCACUUUCUUAUUUAUUUACGCAGCUGUGUUAGGUUCUGCAUGCAGCUUCAUUAGUGCUGAUUUAUUUGAGUUGGAGAUGAGAGUAUAAAGUAUAAUAGCAUGAGUUUCUAUGAUUCUACAUUUUUAUGAAUAGGUUGACUGUGCUUAGAGGCAGCUGGAUAAGUAUGUGCGACGUUGCUGUGUUUGUGCAUGUCACGAAAGUUUGGGGAGCUUGUGUCAUGGGAUGUAAUGAAGAAAGAAAACUAGGAUGUGCAUGAAUGCUGCAUUUGUUGUUGGGUUGAAGCUGGAUGGCUUGUUCAUGGUUAUUAGAUGGAGGAAAUAAAAUGCUUGUUCCACGAC